GCCCGAAAGUUGUCUUCACGACGCAAAUCAGCUCCCAGCGCUCUCCUAUUCAAAUCAUUGGCCAGCAUGAAAGCCAGGAGUCCAACUUCCGUCUGGUACAAUGCUGGGUUAAGCAAAAAAGACCAGGAUGUCAUAGCACAGUUCAAGCUGGCAGAUGGGGAUACAGACCGGGUUUAUGUCACCGAGGGUUCAGUACAGUUUGCUGCAGGCAUGCAAGUACAAGACCGCUAUCUGUUUCUAUUCACUGAUCUGUUACUUGUCACCAAACAGAA